AUGAUCGCCGGACUCUCGAAGGCCAUCACCCUCUACCUUGCCCCCGUGCUCAUGCUCACGUCUAUUCUGCUCUCCCUCUUCGCCUACCUGGCGCCCGUUCUCAUGCUGCAGACCCGCGUCUCGCUCAUGUCGGUUGUCCCGUCUACCAAGCUCACCGACGGUGACGGGUCGGACGUGGACGGUCCCAGUGUCUUCAUGGGUGCACUGGGCUCAUGCUCACGCACGAACAAUGACGCCGCGGUCAACUGCACCAUCCCUGUCUUCGAGCCGCGCUACGAUGUCUCGGUCCUACCGAAUAACGCGCCCACCGUGCUGCUCUCCGCCCCCGCAGCGACGACACCCGUCUUCAUCGGCCUCUCCAUUGCCUUCUCCAUCGUAUUCUUCUUCACCUUCACCCUCAUCUCCUUCCAACACAAGAUGGGCAAGGCCGGGGGCAUGUUCGCGAAGCCCUUAAUUCAGCGCUUGUCCGCCUGGAUUGGUUUCUUCGGCUUCAUGAUGGGUAUCACUGCUUUCGUCGUCGUUCGCAUGUGGUUCGGCAAGACCAUUAGCGACUUCAACACCAUCAUCCGCAACAUGGACGGCAACGACGCACCCGAGCUGAAGGCCGUCGAGGGCAACGGCUUCACCAUGGUGUGGGUCGCAUACGCCUUCUACGCCGUCCCCCUCAUCCUCUCCUUGUCGAAGCUGAAUGUCGCGAAGGAGUAA